AUGGGUCUCUCCGGUUUUGUCACCACCUCCCUCGUAAUAUGUGCUGCUCGCUCCACGGUCUUAGCCGGGACCGAACGAACCUCCGUGGCGGGACGGUCUGAGCGAGCUGUGCCGACAGUCGAAAUCUUUACUCCCGCUCUAACCUCGAAAUGUCUCGAGGGAGAGGGAUUUAUCCAAGUGGUUGAGAUGAAUGUUACGAACAUGGAUUCCAGCAAAUAUCUGACCGCGUCACAUGGUUUAACGGUUCGUGUCGAUUCUAACUCCCUGGAUACAGUCAUUCCCGGUGUCGUCAAGCGCCUGGCGCCGCGCCAAUCCCAGCUAGUCCAGGUUGGAGUUAAAAAUCGGUCUGGUGUACCCGCCGGGACUCAAUGUAACGCAGCUGUCGUUGCCAGCGCUGGCCAGAGUGAGUCCCGCGCAACGGCAAAUGUUACCGGUGUGUGCGGUAUUGGGAACUACGAGGCAUCUGUCGCCAGUCUCCGCCAUCACACGAGUCCUGAUUGGUUUAACAAUGCUAAAUACGGCAUCUUCAUUCACUGGGGAGUAUACUCUGUACCCGCUUAUGCUGAUACGGCUGCCGGCUUUACGGCUGAAUGGUAUUGGUUUUGGAGUCAUUAUCCGGCCAAGUCGAAGAUGUACGAGCAUCAUGAGAAGACAUACGGCAGAAACUUCAACUACGAUGACUUUAUAUCCAACUUUACCGUUGCAGCGUUUGAUCCGAAGGAAUGGGUGAAUUUAAUCGCUGACGCUGGUGCUCAAUACUUUGUGCCGACAACAAAGCACCACGAUGGUUUUGCGCUUUUUAACUUCUCCUCGUCCAUCAGCCGGCGAUCAUCGAUUCACUAUGGACCCAAGACGGAUAUUAUCGGGAAGCUGAUGGCUGCUGCGAAACAGUACCAACCAAGUCUUCGCCGAGGAACAUACUUCAGCAUGCCAGAGUGGUACAAUCCUGCUUCCGCUAAAUAUUCAUGGGAUCCGUGGCGAAACGGCUAUGUUGCCUUCCCAGGUGGACCACCCAAAAAUCCCUAUUCAAAUCAAGUGGUCCCAUACACCGGCUAUGUGGAGAUCAAAGAUUUCAUUACCGACAUUCAACUUCCCCAGAUGCGUCAACUUGCGUAUGAGUAUGACACAGAUUUGAUGUGGUGUGAUCCAGGAGGCCCAAACAAUGCCACAAUAUUUGCCUCGGAGUGGCUGAAUUGGGCCCGAGAUCACGGCCGACAAGUAACCUUUAACAAUCGGUGCGGGGGGUCCAGCGGGUUAGCAGGCGAUUUUGAUACACCAGAGGGCAAAACGAACAAUGAAAUUGUGGCGAGAAAGUGGGAGUCGUGUCAAACCUUGGACCCACACUCCUGGGGUUACAAUUACUGGACUCCUGAUGGUGCAAUUCACACUGGAGAGUGGAUAGUCACCUCUCUCGUCGACAUCGUCAGCAAGAACGGAAAUUUCCUGCUCAAUAUAGGCCCGAAACAUGACGGCUCAAUUCCUGACAUAAUGCAGAAGAAUCUCCGUGAUGCUGGACAGUGGAUUAAGGCCCAUGGCGAGAGCAUCUUCGGCACGCGGUAUUGGAACACUACAGCUGGGACCGGCUCCCUGCGGUAUACAACGACAACCAAUGCUUUCUACAUUCACUACAUUGGGACUCCACCCAGCACUAUCAAUAUCGUGGACCCUGUACCAUAUCUGCCCGGGGAUACAGUCACGGUCGUUGGCGGCAGCAAGAACGGAUCGUCUGUCCCGGUGAACUGGAAUGGUAUUGGAACUCUCAAGUUGAACUUGAGCAGCGAUAUCAUUUCGGCCGAUAAAUAUGUUUGGACAUUCAAGAUCGGGUACUCAGCUCAGUGA